GUGGUGGGGCUGGGUAACACGGGGAUGGAGGGUACCAGACACAGCGUCGGCAUGGCGGUGCUCGGCGCGCUCGCCGCCCGGCUCGGUUUGGCGGACCGUUGGCGUGGCGACAGGCAAGUGUCGGGUGAGGUCAUCGUGUCGGAGGUGCAGCAGACUCGGGUGGUGCUGCUCCGUCCCAAGCUGCUGAUGAACAUCAACGGGGUCGCUGUGGCCAAAGCAGCCGGUAAAUACGGCGUCCAGCCUGAAGACGUGCUGCUGGUCCACGAUGAGCUGGACAAACCUUUGGGGAAGAUGGUCAUUAAACACGGAGGAAGUGCCAGAGGACAUAAUGGAGUCCGCUCCUGUGUUGACUGUCUCGAGACUGACGUGAUGCUGAGGCUUCGGGUCGGGAUCGGCCGUCCGUCGGGGAAAACGUCGGUGGAGCGUCACGUCCUGAGCCGCUUCUCCUCCGAAGAGCAGAAAGUUUUAGACUCUGUUCUCACCCAGAGCGUCGACAUCAUCCUCUCCCAGCUCUGCCCUGAAGACUCCCAACAGUCCUCCUCUUCCUCUUCCUCCUCUUCCUCCUCCUCACCAGCAGGGGGCAGACAAGCAGCACAGAAGAGGAAAGAGAGGGAGCGCUCUGCCUCUCCGGCUCAGGACUCUGCUUCUGCUCAGAGCUGAAGCUG